GAUGGCAUUGUCCUUGGGGCAGAUACGAGAGCGACUGAAGGAAUGGUUGUUGCUGACAAAAACUGUUCGAAGAUACACUUCAUUUCUCCUAAUAUCUACUGUUGCGGUGCAGGAACAGCUGCCGAUACCGACAUGACAACUCAGCUGAUUUCCUCCAACCUGGAGCUGCAUUCACUGUCCACAGGGCGACUGCCAAGAGUCGCCACAGCUAAUCGAAUGCUGAAGCAAAUGCUUUUCAGGUAUCAAGGCUACAUCGGCGCCUCCCUGGUUCUAGGGGGAGUAGAUGUCACUGGACCUCACCUUUACAGCAUAUAUCCCCAUGGAUCAACUGACAAACUGCCUUACGUUACCAUGGGGUCUGGAUCGUUGGCGGCUAUGGCGGUAUUCGAAGAUAAAUACAAACCGGACAUGGAGCUGCCAAAAGCUGAGAGGAUCAAAUCUGCAGUGGCAGCUGCUGUGCCCUACAGUUAG